AAUGGAAAUAUGGAAAUUAAGAGAAUUGACACAGAAGCCAGCUUCAAAUUAUGUAUUUUUUUUUUACUCCCAGUCUGGCAUGUUGUUGAAUUUAAUUUUUAAAGGAUGCUUUGUUCAUCUUUGUCUCAAUUUAAGUACAGAUUUAUUUUUAAGAUUAAAGAUUAGAACAAUGGGAAGCAAUUGCGGCUUAUACACUUAUAAUCUGACUGAGAGUCAACUUAAAAGUAUUUAAUGCAGCUUUUUAAGUGCCCUCUUGUCAUUUGUUUUAUGCCAGUUAGUUGUAAUUUCUUUCAGUAACAUGGACUGUUACAAACAUUGUAAAAAAUGCCUAUUAUCUUUAUGUAUAAUUCAUUCUCAUGAAGAAAUUAGAUUUUUCUUCCAUGAGUGAACUAUAAUAUGAAAUUUGAUGUUCUGACCUUUCUUAUGCUGGGUUGUUAAAAACAGUGUCAUUUAGCUUUUUUGAAAGCUCAAGCGUAUUUUUGUUGUUGGUUUAAUGCAUUGUUUUCUAUUGUUGCUUUUAAUUGCAGAAAAAAAAAUAACAUUAUGCAUGUAAUUUUCACACUACUCCUUAACAUAUGAAGGCUCCAAAGUUCUUGCAGCAUGCAAGAAAAACUCUGUAUUUUUUGCUCUGGGAGCUCUGAUGGCCUGUCUUGUUAAUGACAGUAAUUUCUGUGGCAGGAAGAUGUUUUCAUUUGUAUUUACUUCUCAGUGCAGGGCAAUUAUGCUGCUCUGCUCUGCUGUUGCUCACUCCUCGUAGUUUCUAUCUCAAAAGAACAGCAGUACAGCAGUGCUUGGAACAGGACUGCAGUUUGAAGCAGGUGUUGUGUUUUACUGUUAUGCAAAACAACACUGAAGUAUAAUUGUAAAGGAAAUUCAGGAGACAGCUGCAAACUUGGUGUGGUAACCACUACUUUGUGUGAGCAGUUCUUGCAGCAUCUUCUGCCGCAUCUAGCACGGCAAAGAUGUGUUCCAGCAGAGCUCACCCUUGCUGGUUUUUGCUGCUGAAACCUUGUUCUCAUGAGAGAGGUCCACCAGGUCUCAGAGGGGAGGACCAUGCUGUGACCAUGCUCUACCAUCUCUAGUGACAGUUUUGAAAUCGCUGCUUUUCCUUUUCAUUUCAUCUUCAUCAUAUUUUUUUUCCUUUUAAUUUUUUCCUCUUGCUUUCUUUUUUUUUUUCCUUCCAAUGCUAAAGAAGAUGAAGGUUAGAAUCCAGUUACUAGAAUGAAGGUUGCAGAAUACCUCAACCCAACCAACAUAUGGAAGCCUACAUAGGCCUGAGGUGGUAAAAUAGUAAAAUAAAUGGCCUAUAGCAGGCCAUCUGCCAUUUGCGGAGCGUUUUCAUCGUGCCUCUUGCCAAACUGGAAAUUAGUCUUUGUAUUAAAAAUAUAUUUUGAAUACAAAUCAAAGAUUUCAAAUGCUUAGUGUUACACAUGGCAAGCACAUUUCUAUCUGGGAGCUAGAGAAGCCCAGGGAAGUUGCACUGGAAGAAUAUUGCUUGGCUGGAUGCUCAAGGCUCUUCUCUUUCCCAUCUCUUUGUCUUCCCAGUAAGCAAGGAUUUACUUUUGUGAAAUGCUCUUCUGACAGGGGAAGCCCACUCUUGCAGGUGGCAGCUGAAGGGAGGAAUUUCAGAGAGUGGCGAUUUCACCCAAGUCCUUGCAGCUGUGUCCCAGCUGAGGACCUGCCUCUAAACGGGGCUUCUACAGAGCUGCUCAUCUUGGAAUCCUUCGACCACGGGCUGAUCCAUUUCCACAGAUGCCCUCUGAAAGGAAGGCAGCUUUUCUAUAUCAUAACCUAAGGUGUCCUCAGUUAUGGACCGCAGAAAUCCAAGCUCGGAUUUUGCGCACGCAGCGGGGCGUGUUUGGGAGGUUCUGACUGAUACCACAGCACACAUCCAGGCCUAGCUCAAGGUGUGUUUAAGAGCACUCUGAAGAAGCCAAAGACAGGGAUGCAGAGAGAGGGAAGAGCCUGUUUCUUUCAUUUUACGCAGAAAUGUUUAUGUGUAAAAUCUCGCUAAAGUCAGAUAAAUCGUUGCUGUCUGCUAACAGUGAGCCCAAACCAGUUUCAAUGCUAUAAUAGGGAUAUUUUGUUAACAUUGCCUUCAUACUUGCCUUUCUCUGGGCACUCAAACACCUCGAUUUGAGGGUAUUGGGUGUGCCUUUUGCUGUGCAAUUGUAACUGGUGUUCUUUACAUGAGUUUCUUGUAAGUUUCUCAGCUGUUCGUGUUCCACAGCCACAGCAGCUUGAAGUGUGCAUGUUUGUGGAAAGCCUUUUGUCCUUCAGGAAGCUGGGUCCACUUGUGAGUUUUUCGUGGUUGCAAUUAACAGGAGAUGUUAUUUAAAAUCAAGGAUAUGAAAUGGGGAGUAUUUAACCGGAGCUUUCAACACAGAUAUUUUAUUCCCCCUUCCCCCACCCCCUGAAGACAAACCCUUACUUUCUUUAAGCAUUCAUCCUUUGGAUGUGUCUAAUGAUGAUGGAGUUGGAUGAUGAGAGGUCACGGAGUUGAUGCGGAGCUGCUGGGAGCCGGGAUCUGCCCGGAGCACGAUGCCCUGCCCUGCCCCUGGCCUUGGCAAGCUGUGAGCUGCUCAUGUCCAUAAGGAGGAAGGAUGGCUCAUGGAAUUCCUUCACAAGGCAAAGUUACCAUAACGGUGGAUGAGUACAGCUCCAACCCAACGCAGGCGUUCACGCACUACAACAUCAACCAGAGCCGCUUCCAGCCUCCCCACGUGCACAUGGUCGACCCCAUCCCAUAUGACACUCCAAAGCCAGCGGGCCACACGCGCUUUGUCUGCGUCUCAGACACGCACUCCCGAACAGAUGGCAUCCAGAUGCCCUACGGGGACAUCCUGCUCCACACGGGCGACUUCACCGAGCUGGGACUGCCCUCCGAGGUUAAGAAGUUUAAUGACUGGUUAGGAAACCUACCAUAUGAAUAUAAAAUAGUGAUUGCUGGGAAUCAUGAACUGACAUUUGAUAAGGAAUUCAUGGCAGACCUUGUUAAACAAGAUUACUACCGCUUUCCCUCUGUGUCCAAAUUGAAACCAGAGGACUUUGACAAUGUUCAGUCACUCCUGACAAAUAGUAUUUACUUACAAGAUUCAGAGGUAACAGUUAAAGGAUUCCGAAUAUAUGGUGCCCCGUGGACACCAUGGUUUAAUGGAUGGGGCUUUAAUCUACCCAGAGGUCAGUCUUUGCUAGACAAGUGGAACCUUAUUCCUGAGGGAAUUGAUAUACUAAUGACACAUGGACCUCCCCUUGGUUUCCGAGACUGGGUUCCCAAGGAGCUGCAGAGAGUGGGCUGUGUGGAGCUGCUGAACACAGUGCAGAGGAGAGUCAGGCCCAAGCUGCAUGUCUUUGGUGGGAUUCAUGAAGGUUAUGGCAUCAUGACAGAUGGCUACACCACCUACAUCAAUGCCUCCACGUGCACUGUCAGCUUCCAGCCCACCAACCCUCCCAUCAUCUUCGACCUUCCCACCCCUCAAGGAUCCUGAAGCACUACUGGGGAAGGUCUAUAAACUGCCAUUUUCUAAUUAAAAACUUACAUUCAUGUUUAUUUCAAAAUAGGGGC